AUGUUCCGCUCCGCGCUUCUUAGGACCGCUCCCGCUCUCCGCAGCGUCGCCGCCAGGCCUGCCGCCUCCUCGGCUAGGUUUAUCAGCGUCGCUGCCUACAGGCCAGUUGUCAUGGCGCCUUCGCGCUCUAGCAUCCUCGCCGUCAGGUACUACUCCGCGGGUGGCUCUCUGAACAAGGAGGAGGUCGAGGGAAGGAUCAUGUCUCUGCUCCAGGGCUUCGAUAAGGUCAACAACCAAGAAAACAUUAAGCCCACCGCUCACUUCUCCAACGACCUCGGCUUGGACAGCCUUGACACCGUCGAGGUCGUCAUGGCUAUCGAGGAGGAGUUCAGCAUCGAGAUUCCUGACAAGGAGGCCGACGCCAUCCACUCCGUCGAGCAAGCGGUGGAGUACAUCCUCCGACAGCCCGAUGCCAACUAA